AUGACUCUCUUCCACCCGGUCGAGUUGCUCCUGCAGUGGAUCUAUCCCUUCGAUGAACGGAAUACCGCCCGGGACAGCCCGAUGCAAGUCCUAGCCCUGGGCUUUUCUCGCUGCGGUACCGAGUCGCUGAAAUUUGCGCUUGAGGAUCUGGGAUACAAGAGUGUGUAUCAUGGCUUCGAGGUCAAGGGUGACCAAAGCAUGGUUUGGACUCGACUGUGGGAUGCCAAGGCCGACGAUCCUGGUCGGGAGGUUGGUGUGGAGGACUUUGACAAGCUGGUUGGGAAUUACGGGGCUGUCACCGAUGCGCGGUGUAAUAUGUUUGGCAAGGAACUGAUCAAGGCGCAUCCGAACGCUAAGGACGUCCCAAUUGAUGCUAAUCAUGGCAAAAGGGAACCCUUGUGCGCUUUCCUCGACAAACCGGUGCCGGAAAAGGCUUUCCCGAGCGGUAAUGCGCCCCCCUCGUUUGCGAAGCGGAUCGCGGAGAGGAGAAAGCCGCAGUACAGACACGCGGCUGUCAACCUGGCCAAGACUCUCGGAGUGAUGGUGGCAGUCAUUAUUGCGGUGUGGAUGGCACAUACCAAGACCUGA